AUGUGGCCAUCUGAUUAUGGGGAGAUUGCAAUGAGAAGAGGAUUUGGAGAGUAUGAUUUCAUAGUAGUUGGAGCAGGAUCAGCAGGAUCAGUUGUGGCGAAUCGAUUAAGUGAGAAUCCAAAUACGAAGGUGCUUGUUUUAGAAGCCGGUGGAGAUCCUCCAAUUGAAUCAGCCAUACCUGCUUUACUUGCUACUCUUGCCAAUACCAAAUACGAUUGGCAAUUCAACAUUGAACCAUCGGCAAAGUCGGGUAUCUAUACAAAUCGAUGGGUUCGGGGAAAAAUGCUCGGAGGAUGUAGCUCAAUAAAUGCAAUGGCUUACGUACGUGGUAGUGAAGAAGACUACAACAACUGGGAAGCCCUCGGAAACCCUACCUGGGGUUGGGAAAAUGUUCUGGAUUACUUUAAAAAAUCUGAAUCAAAUCAAGAUCCCGAAAUUGCCGAUGCUUUUGGGGGGUAUUACCACUCAAAGAAUGGUCUACUUUCGGUAGAACUCUACAAGGAUAAUCUAUCAAUCAGUCAUGACAUCAUUAGAGCAGCUAAAGAGAUGAAUUUCAGUUUUGUCAAAGACAUCAAUGCAGAUAAGAAAGUUGCAUUUACAUUAGUACAAGGAACACUGAGAUCAGGUCUAAGGGACAGUACUGCAACUGCAUUCCUGAUUCCUGCUAUGAAUAGACCUAAUUUGCACAUUGUUAAACAUGCUCAUGUAUUAGAUCUCGAUAUAAGUGAAAGUGGAGUAGUGUCUGGAGUUAGGCUUAUCCUACGAGGGGAAAAGGAGUUUAAAGUAUCCGCGAGGAAAGAAGUAAUCCUAAGUGCUGGAACUAUAAAUUCCCCUCAGAUCCUUAUGUUGUCAGGGAUUGGACCUCAAGCACAUCUGCAACAGAUGGAAAUACCUAUAAUACAAAAUCUUCAAGUGGGGAAAAAUCUUCAUGAUCACCCAUCCAUACCACUUUUCAUCAAGCUUGAUCCAACAACGUCUAUCUCACCGUCUACAGGUGAUUUACUGCAGAGUUUCUUCGUUUACCUCGUACAGCAUACUGGGACUUUGGCAACGAUUGGUUCUGCAGAUACUUUUGGCUUUGUCAAUGUUCAAGAUCCUCUAGCUCAAAUUCCAGACUUUAUCUUUUUCCACGUUGCUUUCCUGAAAGGUCAAACUGAUAACUUUUAUGGUUUCCUACAAAUUUUCGGCUACGUUGAUGAAUUUAAUAGCUUAAUCACACCAGCUAUUCUGGAAUCAAAUAUAUUGCUCGUACCAGUUGGUUUACUAACUGAAAAAUCAAGAGGUGAAAUUCUACUCCGAAGUCGUGAACCAACUGAAAAACCAAAAAUAUUCCCAAAUUAUUUAGCAGAAUCUUCCGAUAUAGUUGCUUUCAUCAAAGCCAUCCGAUUGUAUCAGAAAUUUCUACAAACAGAAGCUUUUAGAAGUCAUGAAGCAUCAUUACUUGUUAUUCCGAUUCAUGCAUGCGAUUUUCUGGAGUAUGAUAGCGAUGAAUACUGGGAGUGCUAUUGUCGAUACACAACAGCAACUCUUUUUCAUCCUGUUGGAACUAACAAAAUGGGUCCUGACUCUGAUCCUGAUGCUGUAGUUGACUACCAAUUGCGGGUUAAAGGUACAACGGGUCUCAGGGUUAUUGAUGCCAGUAUUAUGCCUGUUGUUCCAAGAGCGAAUACAAAUGCUCCGACAAUUAUGGUUGGAGAGAAAGGAACAGACUUCAUUAAAGAAGAUUGGGGCCUUAGUUUGUAA